AGGAAUCAAAAUCCAUGUGUUUCAUCUAAGAUGAUUGUACUGCAUGCAUUCUCUAGAGAGUAGUAGUACUAGUACUACUUCUAUUCUUCCACUGUCUCUAGUCUAAGACAUUUUCUUAGCCACACAAUUUUCAUACCAUGAAUGAAAAACCUCACCUCAAUCCUCAUCAGCUGCAUCUCAUCUUCAUUCUCCACAUGUCAACCAACCAUUAGUCUUGUUCAUAUAUCCCUUGCCACAUCAUCACUUCAGUGUCACCCACUUCAUUACACAUUUUUACCCUUUUUACACCUUUCUCUCUAUCUUCUCAAUUUUGCCACUCAUUUCACAAAGAAACAAAAUCAACACCAUCAAGAUAUCAAUACAUCAACCCUUUGAGCUUGUAAUAAUUUAUGAUAGUUCCUUAAGUUUCAAAUUUUGAGAGCCUCAUAAAAAUUUGCUGUCAUAUAAAAUUAUGCUAUGGAGGCCCUCAAUUCUACUGUUUUCACCCCCCUUUCAGUGCUUUCUGACAGAACAAAAUUUUCAUCACACCCAACAAUUUCUACAUGCAAAGUUUCAAACUUUUCCACUUCAAUCAACAAAAAACACAACUUAAGAGAGUUUUUAUCAAAGAAUUUUCAAAAGGGUCUUUUCCUUGCUACAGCUUCAGUUGUGAAUGUUAACAAUGGUGAAUUUGCAAAUGCUCUAACAUAUGAAGAAGCAUUAGGACUAUCUCCAAGUGCUUCUUCAGGUGGUGACAUUGAUGUUAAUGGUUUUGUAGAUAGUGUCAUAGGUUUUGCAACUGAGAACCCUUUAAUUCUUGCUGGUGGUGUAGCUAUUUUGGCAGUGCCAUUGAUUUUGUCUCAGAUUUUGAAGAAACCUAAGCCUUGGGGUGUUGAAUCAGCUAAAAAUGCUUAUGUUAAAUUAGGUGCUGAUGGGAAUGCUCAGUUGCUUGAUAUAAGAGGUUUGGCUGAGAUUAGACAAGUUGGUGGUCCAAAUGUUGGUGGUUUGAAGAAGAAAUCGGUGUCGAUCGCUUAUAAAGGUGAUGAUAAGCCGGGGUUCUUAAAGAAGAUUUCCUUGAAGUUUAAGGAACCUGAGAAUACUACAUUGUUUAUUCUUGACAAAUUUGAUGGGAACUCUGAACUGGUUGCAGAGUUAGUCACCCUUAACGGAUUUAAAUCUGCUUAUGCAAUUAAGGAUGGUGCGGAAGGACCACAAGGAUGGCUGAAUAGUGGCCUUCCUUGGAUUGAACCAAAGAAAGCAUUGAGCUUGGAUUUUGGCAGUUUGACAGAUACUAUCAAUGAAGUAAUCGGCGAAUCUGAUGGCUUGGCUGUUACUCUUGGGAUUGCUGCAGCUACUGGAAUUGGUGCAUUAGCUUUUUCCGAGAUAGAAACAAUUCUCCAACUUGUAGGAUCAGCUGCACUUGUUCAGUUUGCAAGCAAGAAGCUUCUAUUUGCCGAGGACCGGAAGAAUACACUAAAACAAGUUCAGGAAUUCUUGAACACCAAGGUUGCUCCUAAGGAACUUGUUGAUGAAAUAAAGGACAUCGGAAAGGCUCUUCUACCAACUUCCACCAACAAUAAAUCUCUUCCCGCAGCAACGGAAAAUAUUCCAGAGCUUGCUACAGCUGGUGGCACUGUACAGAAAACAGAAGCUACUCCCGAAACUGUGUCCGAGAUCAAAGCAGAAGCAGCAGUAGAACCUGUGACCAAAGUAGAAGCAGCAGCAGAACCUGAGCCCAAAGUAGAAGCGGCAGCAGAACCUGCCCCAGAAAUAAACUCCGUGCCGAAAACUGAAGCUGAGGCAAAGUCAAUUCCUGUGCAAUCUAGACCACUUUCACCAUACCCAUAUUAUCCAGAUUUGAAGCCUCCAUCAUCUCCAUCUCCUUCAAAGCCCUAGAGUUUCUUCACUUGUAUGAAGAGAAUACUAUAGCAGGCAAAAUAGUUGUUCAAAAUAUUCAGCAUGUAUCAAGAGCUAGCUGUACAAUCCUACAAUCUAUAUUCCUGCAAGAAAAGAACAUCUUCAACUUACAUGAAACUUUGGUUGAAGAAAAGUUCAUGUCACUAGUUCUAUAAUUUAUUAUAGUCUUGUUAUUAUCAUCCUUACAUUUGUGUUACUCAAUAAACUUUUUUUUGUUGUCUUCUUA